AUGAAGCCUGCUGCCACCUAUGAGCUGCUGGUGGAUGGUGUUGGGCAGUGGGAUUUUACUGGAAAUUUUGUUCCUUGUGAGCUGUUGCUCACAGGAGACGCUGCAUUCCCGGUGUUGGUAAGCCCUGAGAAGCAGGUACUGAUCGCUGUUUCUCACUAUGGGAAGGGACGGAUGGUGGUCGUUUCUCACGAGGAAAUCCUGAAGAAUCCCAACUUUUCCCAGUUCCUUAGGAACGCGGUGGACUGGCUCAGACCCUCCCCAGAGGUGCAGGUUGGAAUCCAUAGGAGCCUGGAUCCUCUCUCUCAGCUGCUUCUAAGGUCCAGCACUAAAGUGCAGCCUGGCGUGGGGCUCAGUGCCUCUCUAGGGGUGUACUGUACAGAUGCCUAUGACGACGCUCAGGCAGAGGAGCUGGUCCACUUUGUAAAGGGAGGUGGGGGCCUGCUCAUCGGUGGUCAGGCCUGGUACUGGGCUAGUCAACACGGUGCGGAGAAGGUGCUGUUUGAAUUCCCUGGGAACCGAGUGACCAGCGUGGCUGGCGUGUACUUCACCGGCAAUACAGUGGGGCCAGGGAUCUUCAAAGUCUCGGGAAAGAUCCCAAAGAUCCCCUUGAUUGUCCCGCACGGGGCUAAUCUCAGCCAGGAUGUAGAGCUUCUCCUCAAUGGUGUGUCGGAACUGGAUAUAGUGACCGGCGGGGUGCCCUCCCCACUGCUGGUGCAUGGGGUGCUGGCCUUCCCCCUCGGCCUGGACAGCUCCCACCGCUGCUUCCUUGCUGCAGCGCGCUAUGGCCGGGGCCGGGUGGUGGUGGCUUCUCAUGAGGGCCAGCUGUGUGCCCGAAAGCUGGCAGGGUUCCUGCUCAAUGCUGUACACUGGUUGGACGCUGGGAGGCAGGGGCUGGUUGGGGUUGCUGCCCCCCUGAAGGGGCUGUGUUCCCUGCUGUCCCAGGAGGGCCGGAAGUACCGGGUAUCAGCGCUGACGGGCGACAUGAGCGUCUACUGCUGCCCUUCUCACAGCGACCAAGAGACAGAGAAGAUCCAGGCCUUUGUGGCGGAGGGGGGAGGGCUGCUGAUUGGGGGGCAGGCCUGGUACUGGGCUUCCCAAAAUCAAGGCCAAGCUGCCGUUGCCGGAUACCCUGGCAACAAAAUCCUCAACCGCUUUGGGAUCAGCAUCCUGGGCAUGACCCUCAAGGCAGAUAAAUACGCAGCACUGCUACCGGGGGAGCUUCCCCGUCACUACCACUUCCGUCAGGCACUCUCCCUCUUCCAGAGGCAUGUGGACAAGGAGGAGGCACUCAGAGCUCCCCUGGCAGACUGGCUGCAUAGACUAGGGCAGGACUGUUCUGCCUUCCUGAAGAUCCCAGCUGAAGACUGCCCUGCGUACUCCUCACUCCACCGCAUCCUGCUCAAAGUGCUGCGCAGAGGUGGGAUCCCGCAGGUCAGCAAGACGAACCCAAUCAAGAGCAACUCCAAGGAGGCAGCUCUGCUGUGCCUGGCCACACAGCUGUCCCAGACCAUGACGGACUGUGCUGUCCUGGUGCAGAAACCCACCGAUGGGGUCUGCAUGCUCCCGUCCAGCUCUCCUAUCACCCUGGAAAUCGAUGGCACAAAUACAGGUGGGACAGCAUGGAUGAGUACAGGACUUUACCUACCUGAUGGGAACACGGCAGUGAUAACGUUUCCUUGCAUGGCGACCAGUGCUGGUCUGCAGGUGCAGAUCGGGUGUCACUCUGAUGACCUCACCGCUGCAAAGGAGCUGAAACGGGCCCCCAUGGUGAUACGCAAGUGCCAGGUCAGCUGCCAGAAGCAGUCAGUCUCCUGCCUCUGGGGCGGCCUCAUUUACAUCCUCGUGCCAGGGGGAAGCCAGCUGGGCAAAGUGCCCAUCACUGUGGAAGGGGCAGUCAAGGUUCCCUACUUCAGACUGGGAGAGACCUGUAAAUGCCAGUGGCUGGCCAGCAUCCGGCACUACCCUGCUCCCUGGGCCGAACUAGCUACUGAGAACAUUAUUCUGACUGUGCCUGCUGACACCAUCCGCCAUAUAGAGAACCCAGAGCCUCUUCUGACCCUCUGGGACCAGAUCAUGCUGGCUAUAGCUGAGUUGGCAGCAGCACCAGUGAAGUUCCCAAGGCCAGAGAGGAUUGUAACAGACGUCCAGAUCUCAGCUGGCUGGAUGCACGCUGGCUACCCCAUCAUGGGCCACCUGGAUUCGGUGAAGGAGAUGGUGAAUGUGGAACACAUGCGAGCCACUGGCCUGUGGGGCCCCAUCCACGAGCUGGGACACAACCAGCAGCGGGCAGGCUGGGAAUUCCCCCCUCACACUACUGAGGCCACCUGCAACCUGUGGUCUGUCUAUGUGCAUGAGAAGGUGCUGGGGAUCCCCAGGGACAGGGCCCACCAGGCUCUCCAGCCACCGUGUCGGAAGCAGAGGGUCACAGGUUAUCUGGAGAAAGGGGCUCAGCUGAAGGACUGGAGCAUGUGGACUGCGCUGGAGACGUACUUGCAGCUGCAGGAGGGCUUUGGCUGGGAACCCUUCAUCCUCCUCUUCUCUGACUACCAGAAAAUGUCCAAUAUCCCCAAGGACAACCCCUCCAAGAUGAACCUGUGGGCUGAGAAAUUCUCUCGGCAGGUGAACAAGAAUCUGGCUCCUUUCUUUCUGGCCUGGGGCUGGCCUAUCAAGGAAGAAGUCUCCUUGGAACUGGCUUCUCUACCAAACUGGGAGGAGAACCCAAUGAAGCUAUACAGACCUGGGAAGAAAUAA